GGUGGCUUUAAUGAGAAAGAAAUGGCUUUGGAAGGAAACUUUAAGGAUAAUUCCAUGGCCGGUAAAGUCAACACCAUUGUCGAUGGAUUCUUCAAGACGUCCGACUUCGACUGGAAAUCCAACCUGGGUAUCUAUGCAGACAAGGACAAGGCCAAUGUUAACUUCAAGAUUAAUGCCGACGGCAACGAAUACAUGGCCAAGUUUGAGGGCACCCGCACUUCCCUUCUCGUUGAAUCGAACUUCGCCAAACACAUUCUUGUUGAUGCCCACGUAACCAGUACACAGGACAUGAGGAAACUACAUGUUGCUGCUGAGUGGGACAAGGAUGUGGAUCCCACAAAAGCUUUCGUCAUUGAUGGACAGUUUGCUAAUGGCGAAAUUGGAGCGGCAUUCAAAUAUGGUGACAGGGAAGUGUCCAUCCUUGGCAAGCUAAUUGACAGUGGUGUGGAGGUGGAAACCAAAUGGGCUUCUGACAAGAAUUUUGUCAAUGUUCACUACACACUUGGCAAUACCAAUUCGCUGGCAGCUACAGUGCAGACGCCAUUCCAAGGUUGGGAAAAACAGGAUGCUACCUUUACCUUCUCCAUCAAGGAUUAUGAAGUUGAGAGCCGAUUUUCUGCUACAUGGAGAAACACACAGCAAAUGGCACUUAUUGUCACUGGCAAGGUAAAACCUGGACUCUUUACCAAUGCUCUUUCCACCAAAGUUGCAUUCACAAGCACCUUUGAUAACUAUGAGCGUAUCGAAUUCUCUCUGGAUCAUAACAUGUUGAUUCUACCAUCAAGACUCAUUUGGAGGGCGCCUGGAACCAAGAGAAAAUGGAAGGCAACUUCCAACUCACUCCUAACACCAAUGGUGUAGAUGCUCGAGCUACCUUCACUUCCCCUGUCACAGAGAACAUCCUUGUGACAUUGCAUCAUGAGUUACUCAACAAGCAGUUGUCUACCACAUUUGAAGUGAAAUAUGGACAAGAGAUCUCUACUGCUACUGCCACAGGUCACGUGGAUCUUAGUAAUGUACAUGACAUCACUCUGGUGUUCAAGGUUGACACCCCUGUUUCUUUGAUCCCUGAGAUAAAUGCCAAUCUUAAAUACUCCCUGAGUGGAGAAAGUCUCAACUUGAUCACUGAAGGUAAGAUUGGGGAGAAGAAAAUCAUGCUUAAUGUAAGCGGCCAGAGGACUGUCAGUGGCGACACUACGGACAUUUCUGGAGACGUUCGCUUCAUCACUCCUUUCACUUACCCUCUGACAGCAUCUCUCAAGCACACCCAUGACAUGGAGCACUUUACAUCACAGUUCGAGAUGACCAGGAUCUGGUCUACAUACGGUAGCGUCAAGGUGCACGCUCAAGGACACAUGCUCUCCAAGAAUGAUGUAGAAUUCAAGGUUGACGUUUCUAGCCCAGUAAAUAAGGGAUCAAUCGCCUUCAAGCACACUGUCACUAACACCAAGAUGGAUUCCUCAGUUGAUGUCAUUUUCAACUCUGAACGUAUUCAUGUGUCUGUGGGUGGACUUCUGGAUGUGUCUAGGAGCUUGGCAAACAUUGAAGCUGAAGUUAAUUCCACUUUCAGUGGCCUAGAUGAUGUAAAAGUCAGCAUCGAUAGCAAGAAGGAUAACAACACAAGAACUUCCAACAUAGUUCUCAUGAAGGAACAAAAUCUGUUGUUAUUGACCAUACCAUUACCUUCAAUGAUUGGUUCAACUGGGAAAACUCCUUUAUUGUGAAUGGAGUCUACAAAUUAAGCAACAAGCAGAUGCAUGCUGGCUCUGUACAAACACCAACUUGAGUACAUGUGGGAUCGCCAACUUGUGCAAUUCGAAGGAACUUUCGACAAGAAGAUCUCUGGAAAUACCCGUCAGAUUGAUGCCCAGGUCUCCCUUUCCACUCCUUGGACUGAGGACAUGAAACUUGAUUUGCACCACCAAGAUGAUGGUGUUGAGUACAAACCAACACUUAUCAUUGAGUACAGGCCCUGGAAUGAAGAUUGAAGUUGCCUCUGUUCUGAAAUGCGAUUCAUCAUUCUUCUACACUGCAUCCACUCUUACAACACCAUUCUGGCAGCCAAUGGGAUACAAACUCAACAUUGACUUCCAGCCAAGGAAGACUGCUACUCUUGUUUUAACCCGUGGAGCCAACAGAACUACUAUUGACAUCACAGGAAAAA